UUGAUGCAUUAAAUUGAAUACAAAACAUGUAAUGAAUUAAUAAAUUAAUAAAAUAAAUAUAUUUUAGAUUACAAUUGAAUUAAACAAUUAAUAAAUAAUUGAUUGAUAAGUGUUUGAUGUCAUAAAAAGUGAUGAAUUCAUUGAAACCAUUGCUGUCGAUGGCAUUGAUGGCCACUCAAGACAUAAAUCGGUCGGUCUUUUUAAGGCCAAUCAAUGCACUCAACCAAUACAUGUCUGUCCGCUUCAAACCAGUCCACCCGCGUAUUCGCGGUCAUCCGCGGAAACCAUUGCCCGGCAAACCAGUUCCCGUACCACACAAGUAUGCGUGGCGUCCAAUCUAUCCACUCGACGGCAAUUAUACCGUAUACCCGCUUAAGAUUGAGAAAUUGGGCGGAAGAGACCCACAAACUGGUCGUGUAGUUGUCAAGACAAGAGGCGGCGGAAACAAGAAGUACUUCCGUUGGAUUGACUACAAGAAUGAGGUCAAUCCCGACGGUAUACCAUUCAGAGAGAAAGUGUUUCAAAUCAGAUACGAUCCGUUAAGGACCACGAAGUUAGCUCUUGUGGCCGGAGGCGAUAAGAUCCGAUGGAUUACGGCCACAGAGACGAUGCAAGUGGGAGACAUUGUGACCACUUAUUCGGAUAUUCCGCGUAAUCCUAUUCGACCUAAAGAGGGUGAUAAUCAUCCGGUGGGCGCCCUUCCCAUCGGAACAAAAGUGAACAACGUUGAAGUACGACCCGGAGAGGGCGGGACAUUGGUUCGGGGCGCCGGAAAUUUUGCUGAAAUUGUUAGACGAGUCGGUAAAAAGAAUUAUUUAAAGUUAAGACUUCCUGAGCGUGAGAUCUGUAUUGACGAACGAUGUAUGGUUACCAUCGGACGGAUGUCUAAUCCAUAUCAUCACACAAUUAACCGGAUGUGUCCACAGAGGAGUCGAUGGUUGGGUUAUAGACCGCGAUCGGGUGCCUGGCAUAGGAAAGACGGCUAUUGUGGUCGCAAGAAUCGGCCGCCAAAGCCUUUACAAGACUUUAUGAUUGACUCAGCUCUGGCGCCCAAAAGGGAACCCGAAGUUUAUGAGAUCCAACCGUUUAGUUAAACAUUUUGUAGACAUUUUCUAUUAGUUAAUAAAAUUUAUUUAAUAAUUGAUUGCAUUAUAUAUUUUUGACGAAAGACUGUAGAUAUCGCAUAUGUGCUGACAAACAAUGUUUAUUGUAUUACUUUAAGUAAUUUAGCAAAACGUUAAACAAGUGGUUUAAUAAAUGAUUUUUUGCGAUAAGUGAUAAUUGAAUCAAAAUUAAGUUACAAUUAGUGAUCACUUGUCGUCAUUUAUA